AUGCACUUGUGUGGCAUGCGUCGUGGCCUACGGGUGACGGUCUUCAUCGUCGUGGGUUUCACGUUUCCUCUCCUCUUGGUCUUUUUGUCCCUCUCGUAUAUGUGUAAGUGUGAUGUGUUGAUGAAGGGCUAUGGCGUGCUAACAAUGAGUGAUGAAAACCCUAUACCUUUUGGUGGUGGUGAUCUUGGUUAUGGUGGUGGUGGUGGUGGUAGUGGUGGAUGUGGUGUUAGUGGUGGAUGUGGAGGUUGUGGUGGUGGUGAUGGCAGUGGUGCUGGUGGUAGUGAUAGUGGUGGUGAUGAUGGUGGUGGUAAUAGUGGUUGUGCUGAUGUUUGUGGUGGUAGUGGUUCUAAUGUCGUUAGACCAGUGGCUAUUUGCGACUACUAUGAAUCGGUGACUAUUUCAGUCACAAUUUGCAACUAA